AUGAUUGGAGGAUGCACAACGCGUCGCGCCAGUGACGUAGUCGCGUCUUGCAUCCCAGCUUCACAUCUCCCGACACUUCACUCCAUCAGCAACGUUACAAUGCCCCGCCUAGACGAAAACACACAAGAGUACCUCCAAGAUGCCGAGCGUGGUGUCCGCCGCCACACAUCUUGGGCGUGGGACAGCUUCAGCAACUUUGCGCUCCGCGACAACGUGCUCGAAGUCGCCGUUGGUUUGAUCCGCAAUCUCGACGAGAAAUUCGCGAUUCUCAAGCAUGGCCCGCACUACAACGGCACCAUUACCAACGGCUACAACACCGUCAAGCAAGCGCUCGAUGACGGCGCUGUGGUGUUUGCAUACGGCAGCUUUCUAGAUAAAGUUGUGCGGUUCGUGUGCAUUGCGCUGACCCUGUGGAUUAUCGCGAUUGCGUAUUCGAGGGGCUCGGGGGAUAACAUUGUGAAGAAGCAAGUCAAGGUAAGUCGUGGCAGCCUGUAG